AUGAUUUUUGUUAAAUUGCACGUAAAUAAUUUCAGUCUUAAACUUUCUGGCAAGACGUCAAAAUUUUCAAGCUUAUCAAAAUUUCCUGUUUCGAUCACAAUGGACGUACAAGAAAGGUCAGUGGACGUAGCGCUCAAUCAUAUCUUGCGCGCCCUGAACCGCGUAAGACACAUAUCAUCAACCGGAAAAUUAAACGACCUGUCCCAUGUCAUCAGGGAAUUCAGUCCUCUGCUCCCUCCAUUACCAGCUGAAGAUCCAGCGAUAGAUUUGCUGGAGACAAUAAUCCAGGAGUCAAGCUCUAGCUUAUCAGCACAUCAGAGUGUUGAAAGCAACCCGGUAUCACCUAAGAGGAGCUUCUGGUCCAAGCUAUUCGCGAAAAAGUCCCAGGAUGGAGCUUCGAUAGCGUCCAUCGGGUCAGGAAAUGACUCAUCAGCUUCAUCGACGGCGUUGAAGGCCGCAGAAGAGCAGGUCGCACAGCUGGAAGCUUCUGGCCCCGCAGAUCUGACUUCGGUGAGCGCUUUGAGCCGGGAAAUAAAUCGUAAGAUCUGCGUCUGGUCCUCCGGAAUGUCGCUGAGGCACGAGAUUGGCGCCUCAAGACCCGGAGAGCCACUUAACGUUCAAUUUCACUCCCAGCCUGAGGAUAUAGUGGGCCAUUGGAGUCUCCUGGGAAAUUUGGACCCCCAGGAAGCUUCUAGCGGUCUCAACGACUGCCUAUUCAACGCCAUAGCAGCCCAGACUGGUCUGAGACCCACAGAAUUGAGGGAAGUGACCGUAGCGCGCAUGAAAACCAACAUCAGGAGCGUGGCACGCAGGAUCCAGGACCUGGCUCGUCAAGAGUCCUGUGAUAGGAUUGUCCUGAUGGUAGGCGGCGCCAGGUACCAUGGAUCCACUGCUAAAGACGCUGGACGCGUCCUAGACAAGUCCCAGCAGGGACGAGGACACCCUAGUCACGCUCAUGGACACCCCAGAGGCCACGCUUCUAAUCCUUCAGCAACCGGUCCUACGGCAAGCGCCGAAAAUUACUCCCAUGGUAGUUGGAAAACUGCCUUUCUGUCCGUCAAUGAUCAAGAUGACGUUGGCAAUCGGGCCCUGUCCACAGAACCCGUAAGACGCGCCAUGGAGGUCCUUAAUGCUGGUGGUACCCGACAAGUUGUCACCGUCAACGCAUCGGAAUUACCUGGAUCUCUUCCCCAGGGCGCACAUUUCAAUGAUGGCCAGCGAGGAGCCAUCCAGGACAUCAAGGACCUGGUCCUUGUCCUUCAACAUCACGCCGGGCAUCAAUCUGACCCCGACUAUGAUGUCUUCGUCCACACUUUCUAUCCCCGUUUAGGGUAA